GAGUUGUCCAUUGCACACGUGGGAAUGUGAUAUUUUGUUGAAGUUUAUGGGAAAAUAAUUAGCAUUACAGAAAGGAAAUAAUACAGAAAAUAAAAUAAACCCAUACAGAGAACUAAAGCACACGAUAAAAAGCACGCACACUAUGAUAGUUUUUCCAUAAUCAAUAGAGGUACGAGGAUCUUGUACUGGUGUCAUUCCUGUAUGCUUUCACCCUCCCCUGGCCACUGCUUGCACGAUAUCUCUCCCAGUCUGCCAGUACCCUGAGACCAGGCACUUUAGGCUCUUUCAGUCAUGCGUUACUGUUUUCCGUGAGAGAGCGAUUCAAGGUUCAAUGGUGUGUAUUGCCUGCUCUGAUUUGAAUGGCAUCAUUUCAGACGCGCAAGCUUCUCGUUUACGUAUUCUGAGGAAUAAAUACGCAAUUUCUCCAGAUGUUGCAGACGGCUGGACGACGAGCCUUAUACAUGGCCGAGCGAUAUAAACAACAUCCGGAAGGUGGUGCUCCACACAUCUGUCCCUGGCUAAACAAAGGCUGCGCCUUCCUGUCGCUGCCUCCUGAGUACACCUUAUCACAGGAAGCAGCCACUUCGCACCUUCCACUCCUGACCCUGGUUCACUCAAGGACCUCCCAGCUGACCUACAUGUCCCCCUCGAGCAAGCCCAGCGACUUACCCCCGUCACGGUCUGAUAAACCUGACACUCCAGCCGCGGAAGCAAGCGCCGCCCAGGAUGUAGCCGCUGAAUAAAAGGGGGACAUUCGCC